AAAUCGAAUUCUUGAAAUGCGUUGUUUUCCUGCACAUGUGUUGACAAUUUACGUGAAUUCAUUGUCACCAGGAGGCAGAAAAUAAAUGUCAAUAUGGUUUCUAUUAAUGGAAUACGAUGCUAUACGUACAAGCAUCUAAAUGGUUAAUAAAGACCGUCAGUCAAACGUAGCUACUGCAGUACUGCCCAGUAGAAGAGAGUCAGAUCGAGCGAGAAAGAUAUCUCUUGCGACGUAACAAAAUCAAAUUUAUCUGAACGGUUCAAGAGUGUUUAUCCUGCAAAAGAUGACAUAUUUACUUCUUAUAUUUGUUAUAAUCUUAUGUUUACCAAGUUUGGCGCUGCUGGUAAAUAACAAAAAUUGCGUCCAUGAUGAUGAUUGCAGGAAAGGCCAAGGAUGCUCAGAUGCGGGAAAUUGUGUGUGUAAAAGUGGAAUAAAAUCAGACGCUGCAUCAUGCCCACCACAGUGCACCAGUAACGUUGAUUGCAACUCAACGUCACUAGUAUGUCAAGGAAAUAAAUGUGUGUGCAAAAACGACGACACUCCGGUUUGGGAUUGGAGACGUCAAUCCUGUCGAGGUUGCUAUGACAGUGAAGAAUGUGGUGAAUACCAUGAAUGCUUGAAACAAAAAUGCGAAUGUUAUACGGAGUUUUACCAUUUAAUUAAUGGAGAGUGUGCAGCUUGCAAAACGAAUGGUGAUUGCGGUCAAAAUAGAAUUUGUCUCGACAAAGCAGUUACCACUCCGCAGAAAUGCAUAUGCGCAACUGGUUAUAUUUGGAAUUUAGACGAUUUUAAGUGUAAACCAAUAUCUUGUGCUAAUAAUCCAUGUGGGGGCGUCUCUGAGUGCAUUGAUGAACCAAACAUGGAACAACACUUCCGUUGUGUUUGUCCCGAGGACCUAUUUGGAGAUGGAUAUCACUGUCAUGACUCACCUUGCUACAAUUACCCAUGCCAUAACGGUGGGACGUGCUUAAAACAGAACAACGGAUAUUCUUGCUUGUGUCCAAUAGGAUUCACUGGAGGACAAUGUAAAGAAGAAUUAAAAAAAGAUAAAACAUUACACUGGUGCCAAAGAGAUGAAGAGUGUUUGUAUGGUGGAACUUGUAAUGGCAGUGAAUGCAUAUGCCUCAACGGUCACUCUGGACCUUUUUGCGAAGUUUUGGACUAUCAAUCCUAUCUCGAUUAUCCUCGCAUAAAUUUUGCUGGAAUUAUUGAAGCUGAUGUCUCAACCAUGCAGAAUUUUAUGGAUAAUUACGAAGCUAGUGUUGAUCCUUUGCUCCGACCGCAUAAUCUUUCUUCAAAUCCGAAAGGUAGUGGAGUAUGGCGCUUAAGAAAAGCACAUGUCACAAGUGCAUUCAUUAAAAAACGUCAAGAAAAAAUAUGUUCAAUAAAUGACAAUAUGGAUAAAGUUGUACAUGCAGUUGUAAAAGACACUUCUCUGAGAGCAAGCGCUAAACUUGUUGAUUUUGAUGUUGAAAUGCAAACCGUCCGUACGAUAUAUGGUUGGACAAUUGAAGUGGAAAACUUCUUUAAAGGCGAUUUUCAACCCGUUCCUUUUCAGUAUAUUUGGAAUAAAAACAAAGACAGAGCUUACAGCGAAUAUGGAGCUGUUUCUCAAAGCAUUCUUAAUAAUGUUCAAUUCGGUUAUAGAGCUGAUGAGUCCGAAAUUGUGAAAUUCUUUAAGAGAAAUGUUGAUAAUGAUAAAAUUAAACUGUCGAUACAUUUCAAUAUUGAUCGGUACUCUACUGAUUCAAGGAGAAGUGAUUUCAACACAGCAAGGAUUGUUGGUUCUAUCGGCAUAUCUGGUCCCAGAUCUCCGCCCUAUUUUACUCUAGGUCGAAUUUUGGAACCUGUCAACGAUAAGCGUUUUUGGUAUUUGCCAUUUGUUCAAAGAUCUAACCGCAUUCUGCUAGAUAUUGGAAACAGCUUUCAGAUAGAAGCUAAUGGAAAAGUCUCAAAAAAUGUAGGCCAACUUCGCUUAGGAUUUUUAAAAUUUGGCGAUUCAGAACCGGAUUGUCAUAACGUUGAAAAUGAAAGUGAUGAAUGGAGUCCUCAAAAUAAUGAUUAUGAAGUGACUUCUGGAAUAAUGGAUAUGUUGAUAAAUAAAGAAAUUGAUGUGUUCAUAAAACGCCUGGUUUUAAUGGAGCUAAAUUCUCGAAAACAAUGUUCGAAAAUCGUUUUGGCUGAAGAAAAAGACGGCAUUGCCCUACAUCCAUUCACAAAUUGGGCUGUUCGCACUGAUUCAGAAGAAACAUCUACCGUACAGUUAUUGUUAACACGGUAUGGAGAAGUGGUGUGUGAUAAAGAUCUUAUUUCUGUUAAAAAAGAUGAUAGCUACACUGGUACGAAAUUUCUUCCCAGAAAGCCACCUAUUAAUGACCCGUCUGUUGAAUGCCUUGAAGAUCAAAAACUGAAAGUCUCGUUUCAAAUACCUAAAGGAGUUAAAAACCCCAGGCCCUUCAUUGAUGGACAAAUUUAUACAUUCCAGUACUACUUCACAGGAAAUAAAUUUAAUACGAAAAAAGAUAUUUACAAAUCUUUAAAUUCCAUGAUAGCUUUGUUUGUCUACAGUGAAUAUCCAAUACCAACAAAACCUUGUUGGCUUAGACAUGUAAAGCCCAUAUUUCAACAAUAUGCAAAACUAUAUCCAGUGAUGAAAACACACUUCUUUGAUUUGGCUAACUAUGAUGAAGUAGUUUCAAACAAAAGAGGAAUAAUAAGAUCCAUGUCACUAAACGAAGACGAUCCAAAUUACAUGCCUGUGACAAGAGAUUUGUCUAAACCUAAAAAAGACAUGAUUUUAAAAUGGCUGGCGGAGGAUAAACCGUGUUAUGGUGCAAUAAACUUUGCAGUGAACGUCCAAAUGCUGGAGGAACUUCUACAAACAGCACUAAAGUUAGAACACUCUACAAUCCCACCUUAUUUAAAUGGAUAUUUCUCCCUAAAGAAAAGCCACAACACACAAGUGAAGGCAAUGAUGAAAAGUAUUUUGAUAUCUGAGAUGCAUCAUUUGGCUAUUGUAGCAAACAUUAUUAAUGCUAUUGGUGGUCAUCCAGACUUGCUGGCACCAGAUUUUGUGCCAUCAUAUCCAAGCUAUCUACCCGGCGGAUGUCAUCCCGACCAUAAAAUAUCAAUAAACAAAAUGUCCACGCUUCAAAUCCGAGAUGCUUAUAUGGUAAUCGAACAACCAGCAAGGGAACUGAAAGAGGGAGGAUUAAUGAAGACAAUUAAUAAAAUUAUUAAAGAUAAACAAAUAUCUCGAGAGUCAAACAAGCCUUCAUCUAAAAAAAACAAAUCAUGUACAAAAAAAUCUGAAAGCUGUCCCAAUGAAGAAGAAACAAGUCAUUAUUUGUAUGCAGAAGAUAAAUUAGCUUGUAAAGAAAUAGAAGACAUCUUUGUUACUACCUUUGGAGAUAUUAAUGGCAUCAUAGAAAACCAUGACACUAUUGGCCAACUGUACGCAAAAAUCCUCAUCUUACUUUCGAAAUUGGAAUGCGAUGAGAUGAUCACAUAUCAUACAAAUGUCCCACAAGUAGAGGUACGCGACGAAGUUUUCAAAGUAGACAGUUACAUAAGUGCAGUCAGAGCCAUAGAAAAGAUUGUAACUGAAGGUGAAGGAGCGUCCGCAUGUAAUCCCCUGGAUGACAGUACAGAGUUAUCUCAUUACUACAAAUUUGGAUCAAUGGUGAACAGACGUCAUAUUGAGACGUUCAAACAGGAAAAUAAAGUAGAGCCUACGAAUCAAGAUAUCAAAGAUAUAGAGCAUUGCAGCGGAACAUUUGCAUUUACUGGAAGAUAUUUGCCAUUUAAUGAAGAUGGUGUCUGGCCAAUGGUUUCAGAUCCAAAGAUGGAAAUGUACCAGGAAGGGAGCAAAGCAAGAUAUCUGGCAAUGCAGUUUAACAACACCUAUUUUGAGCUUCUCAAGAAUAUACAACAUGUGUUUGAUGCGACUAACUACACGGAUACAUUUCGCGAUUCAUUUGGAAUAAUGAAACAACUACUUAUUAUUGGUGAUAGACUUGUGCAGGUUGCUCUCAAAGAUGGUGGUGAUCCAAAUAUUGGUCCGAACGCUGGACCAAUUUAUCCUUCAUAUCCUUGAGACACUCUAUGCUUCAAAAGCGUCUAUAAGUCCUUUCUAAUUUUCUGUUAUUCUUUGAUAGAUUACUUUAAACAUAUUUUUGGGGAGAAAUGAGAUUAAUGUGAUUGUUACUAUAUAUUUUGAUUAUUAAACCAUCUAAAUGUUAA